AUGAAAAUCAAGGCUAAUGUGCUUCAUUUGCUGUGGAAGAUAGGGUUUUUACACAAGUAUGUAGUGCCAACAUCAUCACAAAAGGUGUUGGAGCUGAACGAAGAGCUAGUUAAGGUCAUUGAGCAAGUUUUAGACCCAAAAGGGAUGUUGUUUGGGUUACUACGGUUGAGGCUAGAGUAA